ACCUCUCACACCUCUGUGUGUGUGUGUGUGUGUGUGUGUGUCUCCUCUCACCAUGUCCGCGUGGUACGCGCUCCUGGCGCUCGUGGCGGCGCUCCUGGCGCUCCUGGCGCUCGUGCUGCGCGUGUGUUUCCCGUACCUGGUGUCCGACGUGCUGUACGUGGUGAAGGGAGUGCGCGUGGCUCUGAGGCUCAGGCGGUUCCGCGGCUCCACUCCGUGUUACUCCAUCCUGGACCGGUUCCUGGACUCGGUGGGGUCUCACCCUCAGAAGGUCUUCGUGCUGUUUGAGGGUCGGUCCUUCACCUACCGCGAGGCGGACAGGUUGAGCAGUAAAGCGGCGCGCGCUCUGCUCCAGCACACCGAGCUGCGCGAGGGCGACACCGUGGCGCUGCUCCUCGGGAACCAACCGGACCUCAUCUGGACCUGGAUCGGACUCUUUAAACUGGGCUGCAGCGUCGCGCUGCUCAACACCAACAUCCGGGCCAGGAGCCUCCUGCACUGCUUCACCUGCUGCGGGGCAAAGACCCUCAUCACCGGGGCGGAUCUAAAGGACGCCGUGGAGGAAAUACUUCCAGCACUGAGAGAGCAGGAGGUUGGUGUGUUCCUCCUGGGAGAGAGCUGCGAGCAGGAUGGACUCGUGAACCUUAGCGAGAAAAUGAAUGCUGCGAGCGAUGAGGAACUCCCACGAUCACUCCGAUCCAGAGUCACCAUGAAGAGCCCUGCAUUCUACAUCUACACUUCAGGCACCACUGGUCUCCCGAAAGCAGCUGUGAUCAGUCAUGAGAGGGUUUGGUUGGCCUCCUUCUUACAGAGCAUGUCCGGCGUCCAUUCUGAUGACAUCAUCUACGUGUACCUGCCCCUCUACCACAGCGCUGGCCUCCUCAUGGGCCUGACGGGGGCAAUAGAGCGCGGAGUCACGGUGGUGUUGAAGAGAAAGUUCUCAGUGUCUCAGUUCUGGAUUGACUGCAGGAAACACAAUGUGACGGUUAUCCAGUAUAUCGGCGAGAUCAUGCGCUACCUCUGUAACACACCCAAGGCAGACUCGGAUCGCAUGCACAACGUGCGUCUUGCUCUGGGGAACGGUAUCCGUCCCGACACGUGGGUAGAGUUCCUGCAGCGGUUUGGAGAUAUACGUGUCUGCGAGUGCUACGGAGCGACGGAAGGAAACAUCGGUUUUGUGAACUACACCGGGAAAGUAGGCGCCAUCGGUCGGAUGAAUGUGAUCCUAAAGAAACUUUCACGCUUUGCUUUGAUCAAAUACGACCCUGAGCUGGGAGAACCGGUGCGAGACUCCCGAGGAUUCUGCGUGGAGGUUUCUGCUGGAGAGACGGGCCUGCUGGUGGCUAAGAUCACUAAAGUGGCUCCAUUUAGCGGCUAUGCUAACAACAAGCAGCAAACAGAUAAAAAGAAGCUGAGGGAUGUCUUUGAGCAGGGAGACAUCUACUUUAACUCCGGAGACCUGAUGAAAGUUGACAAAGAGGGCUUUGUUUUCUUCCAGGACCGUAUUGGGGACACGUUCAGGUGGAAGGGCGAGAAUGUGGCUACCACUGAAGUGGCUGAUAUUUUGAUCAUGGUGGAUUUCAUAGAGGAGGCGAAUGUCUAUGGAGUCAAAGUGCCAGGUCAUGAGGGCAGAAUCGGAAUGGCUGCUAUCAAGCUGAUGGAGGGACGGGCCUUCGACAUCUCUGCAGCGUACAAGCACAUUGAGAGUUACUUGCCCAUGUACGCUCGGCCACGCUUCAUUAGGAUACAGGAGGUGCUAGACACCACAGGCACCUACAAACAGAUGAAGGUGAAACUGACCGAGGAGGGAUUCGAUCCAAAGACCAUCAAGGAUAAGAUGUACUUCCUGGAUGACAGGAAAAAAGCCUAUGUGCCCAUGACGGAGGACAUUUUUAACUCCAUUAGCAAUGGACACCUAAGAUUAUAACACACACACACUAACACAAACAAACACAUAAAGACCUCAAUCAAGUGCCUUAAACCAGAGAUGUUUAUUAUUCAAACGUAGGACUUAAUUACAUGUAUAAGUUGUGAUUUGUCAUUGAAAUGUAAACAGGAGGAAGAAAAUAACCAAAAAACACAUUAUGCUUAUUUUUUUAUUCUUUUUUUAAUAAUUUUAAUAAUUAUGUAAAGAUUUAACCUGAAGUUGCAGUCAGUAAAUAAAGUUUAAUUAAAAGAAAAUUUAUGUGAUUUGUAUCAAGAUUUGAUAUAGUGAGUGUUGAAAUCUUCAUGUUAACAGAAACCAACCUAAAGACGUUAUGGGGACGCGUGUCCUGGUCAGGGAAAGCCCGCUGCACCAACAGGUUAAAACCAAGCCGUCUUUAAUUUAGGCUUAUGGCUUGUAAGUUUUAAUUAUGGCUUGUACCUGAGA